GGGCCGGGGCCCAGGCGUCGGGAGGACCGCGGCGGCGGCGGCGCGGACCGCGGGAAAGCCACGAUGUCGUCGAAGGGAAAGGACAGGAGAAAAAGCAAAGGCAGAGUCAGAAGCAAGAAGGGGAAGAAGUCGGUGAAAGCAGAUGAAUCUGUGGUGGAGAGAGCCAAAGCCAAUGCCUCUCUCUGGGAGGCCAGGUUGGAAGUCACAGAGCUCUCCAGGAUUGAGUACCGUGAUACUUCCCGGAGACUGGCGAAAAGUAAUGAGGAGUUGAAGAAACAGCAGUAUAUAAUGGAGAAAGACACAAUCUCUGUCUUAAGCUACCUGAAGAAGCAGGACCAGGAGAAAGACAAUAUGAUUGAAAAAUUAAAACAGCAGUUGAUUGAAACAAAUGAAAAAGCUGAAGAGGAGAAGCAGCAAAUGGAGCGCCAGUACACUAUGUAUAUACAUGACCUGGAGGAAAAGUUCAAUCAAAGAAUCAAAGAAAUUGGCAUGAUUCAGACAGAGCUGAAAGCAAUAAAACAAUUUCAGAAGAGAAAAAUUCAAGUGGAAAAAGAAUUAGAUGAUCUGAAGGAGAGUUUAAGGAACACAGAACGGAAACAUCAGGAGACUCUUAGAAGACUAGAAGGCAGGUUUUUUGAAGAAAAGCAUCGGCUAGAACAAGAAGCUGAAAAGAAGGUAAUAAUGCUGGCAGAGCGAGCCCACCAUGAAGCUAUUGUGCAACUGAAUAAUGCUGGGAGAAGUGUUUUUAAAGAGAACGUUUACCUCCAGAAAGCUCUUGCCUACCACCAGAAGGAAGCUGAUGCUCUACAGAAAAACUCUCAGAAGUUGAAAGAGAAUCAUACUUUCCUCUUACAUCAAAAGGAGAUCAAUGAGCUACUGGUUAAGGAAAAGUUAAUGCAAUUUACCCAGCAGAGAUCACAAAUUCAGGUUCUUCAGAAGAAGGUGAUGAGCUUGGAAAAUGCUCUGAGUUGUAUGACCAGAGAGUUUGAGACUGAAGUUUUAAAACUGCAGCAACACGCAAUGAUAGAGAACCAGGCUGGGCAGGUGGAGAUCGACAAGCUGCAGCAGCUGCUCCAGAUGAAGGACAAGGAAAUGAACCGAGUAAAGAAGCUGGCCAAGAACAUACUGGAUGAAAGAACCGAAGUGGAAAGGUUCUUUUUAGAUGCUCUACACCAAGUGAAGCAACAGAUCCUCGUCAACAGGAAGCACUAUAAGCAGAUAGCGCAAGCGGCUUUCAACUUCAAAAUGAGAGCAGCUUGUGCAGGAAAGACUGAGUAUCCCAAAAUCAGAACGUUUGAUGGCAGAGAACACAGCACCAACAGUGUGAACCAGGACCUUCUGGAGGCUGAAAAAUGGACAAUUACUCAAGGAAAUGUGGAUAUUGGAGAUUUGACCUGGGAGCAGAAGGAGAAAGUCUUGAGAUUGCUGUUUGCAAAAAUGAAUGGUUUUGCUUCUAGGAAAUACAGCCAGAGUUCGAGGCCUCCAGUUCCAGAGUAUGUUGUUUCUGACGGUGAAGAAACAAAGGAAUUUGGGGAUGAAAGUAAGCUUCAGGAUCAAACCUUCAUCACGCAGCAAGUUCCAGUAUCAGACUCUUCUAGUGAAAUGGUGCUACCCAGUAUUCCAAAAGGAUCAGAAGACUCGAACAUAGUAAGGACUCUGUAAUCUAACCAAACGAUACACACAACUCUUCACUGUUCCCCUGUAGCUUCUUGCUAACUCACAGUUCUUUUUCUACUAGCCAGGAGCUCUCAGGGAUCGGUGGAAUAAGUAA